AUGUGUCGGGACGUGGCUCAUUGGGCUAGUGCGGUCCGCGUGUCGAUAUCGAUAUAUUCGAAUGGUAAGAGCGGUACGAUCAUCGGGCGGAGGUCAGGCGCGCGUCGGCAUCGGCACCCCGGCCCGUAUCGAUUGUCGGUGACAGCGGCACCGCCGGCGCGCGGCCGCACCGCUCGCCGCCCAAAAGAAACAGGAGCGUUUCUUCGCGCGCUCGCGGCGGAGCGGGAAAAAGGGCGGUCGCCCCGCGUCGGCGUCGGCGCCCAAUGGCGUCGGCGCUGGAGCGGCGGCGGGCCAAUGGGCGCCCGGCGUCGGGGCGGGCGCGCGCACCUCGCCGCGCCUUCGCCUCGCCGCCGCUUUUUAUUUAUUGUUGCGCGGAACGCGGCGCGCGACGGGCGUGUGAUGUGUGCA